GGAACCUGAAGUCAGUUUGGUGUCUGAUCGUGAGAGAAGCUGCUGUCAUCUACCAGGUCAAAUAAGAUGCAGGCGUCCCUGAGGCCCGUGCGCUGGCUCGCCGUCAUGCUUCUCGUCGCCUUCACAACCAGCCGGUGUCAACCGAAAGAGAGCCGCCGAGCCGUCACCGAACACCAGCUGAUGCACGACCGCGGCAGAAACAUUCAGAGUCUCAAGAGACUCAUCUGGCUGUCCAGCGCCAUCGAGGGUCUCCACACGGCCCAGACCAGGUCCGAUGACCUCAACCCAACGAGGGUCCUGAGCCUGGCUCUGAAUCCGGCUGGGAACCCGCAGCCCACCCGGGUGCAGAGCCUCCUGAGAGACUUCUUUAAUCCCCACCUGACGCAACAGCAGGACAGAGAGGCCUAGCAGCGCUCCAACCACGCGAAGCCUCCGCACACAUAAUAAUCAUCAUGUUGAAAAGAAUUAUUGGUGUUUGUCUUGAGACAAUCUGUGUCCAAACGUCUCCCGGGAGGUCAGUUAUAAAGAACGUUGUUUGUGGUUUGAGAUGCCUGAAGUCGACCUUUAGUUCAUGUCAGAUCGGGACACAUCGAGGCCCGAGAAAAAAUAAAAAUAUGUUCAAACACAAUUAACUCCCUUCAGACAGCAACAUGAAUUGCAGAGGAAAUGAUGAUGUUUAAAAUGCCAAAUUACCUCUUUUACAGCCUUCGGCAGCUACGUGCAGAUGAUGAUGAAGUUUGGUUGGUUAAUGAGGUUUUCACAAGCACGUCAGCCUUCUUGUUCAGUGCUUUCAUUAAUAAGUCCAGUGCCCCGAUUUCUUUUCACAUUCUGCACGACGCCAGAUGAAUGUAAUAAAAACACAGAUCUGCUGGAGAUUUGAGAUAGAAUGUGGUGUCAUAAUUGGUAUGUGCUGACCUCAAUGACAACAUUUAAAAUGGCAAUAAUGGAUAAAGAUCUCUUUAAAAAUGUGAAAUCCGCCUCCACCCUGAUUAAAACUGUAAAAAUAUGCUAAACAAAUACAAGUACAUGUAUCAUUACUAGGAAGUGUACAGCAUUAUAAUGCAAUGUUUGGCUAAUUAAUGUUUAACGUCAAUGGUGCAACUACUUGACUAUUAAUGUGUGCUGCAUUAACCGGUCCUUCACAUGUAAGAACAGACCCAGUGUGUACAUAAAAUUCAAAUAAAAUGAAGUAAUGCAUA